AUGAGUCGUGAAUUUGGAAUUUGGGCUGGACUAGUUAAUAGUUUCGCGCCCGUGAAUCCCUCCGGUUCCGAACCGCCCGCACGCCACGAAAUCCGCUCCUCCCUCCGCCGCAGCAGGGAGAACCUUAUCACGCGCCAGAUCCGUGUCACACGCCAGGAGAACGCGCUCUGCGCCGCCGCCUCGUUUGACCGUGAUGCCGCCAACGCGUUCCAGCUCUACGACGCCAAGUUCCUCGACUUCGGCGUCAAGCGGGCGGGUUUCCUCUAUGGCCGCGUCGACGCAGAGACCAAGGAUGUCUUCGUCGACUUUAUCUAUGAGCCGCCGCAGCAGGGCUCCGAGGACGUGGUCCACCUCUUGAGGGACCCCGACGAGGAGGCCCGCGUCGAUACCAUCGCCGAGGGGCUCGGGAUGCGCUGGGUCGGCCUCGUGUUCACGCAGGCCGUUGGGAGAAAGCCCAGCGAGACUGGUGAGUACACCAUGUCCAACCGGGAGGUCAUGCAGGCGGCCCAGCUGCAGGCUGAGGGCGGGAUCCCGAAGUGGGUCACCGCCAUAGUCAAACUGGAGGUGGGGGAUGACGGCACCGGGGAUGUGCACUUCGAGGCCUUCCAGAUGAGUGAGAUUUGUGUCAAGCUCUUCAAGGAUGGGGUACUAGAAACUGAGGUUCAGGAUGCUGAUGAUCCCCGUCUGUCAAAGAUGCGGAAAGAGGUGGUGGCUGGGGGGAAGGAUACUAUGGAGGUGGAUAAUGACUUCUUCCUCGUGCCCGUCAAGAUCUCUGAUCACCAGGUAUUUUCCUUUACUCACUUCUCUUGUACUUUGGAAUUUAUAGUUCAUAUGAAAUUAUGAAUAGAGGAUUACAUCUAAGUUUACCA